GAAGCGGUGGCGACGCGGAGAGUCCCCCCGCGUCCACACAGCAGCCGAUCGUCCACCGGGGCCUGCACCCGCAGUCUGCGUCCGCGCACCGCACGCCCUCGGUGACCCCGCAACCUGUCGCGCCUCGCGGACCCGGCCGCAGCUCCCAGCGUCCCGCUCGCCUGAGUCACCGCCAUGGCCGAGAGCGCAGAGAGCGGCGGCCCACCGGGCGCGCAGGACGGUGCGGCCGACGGCGGCCCCGCAGAGCCCAAGAUCAUGAAGGUCACGGUGAAGACGCCGAAGGAGAAGGAGGAGUUCGCUGUCCCCGAGAACAGCUCGGUCCAGCAGUUCAAAGAAGAAAUCUCUAAACGUUUCAAAUCUCAUACUGACCAACUUGUGUUGAUAUUUGCUGGAAAAAUUUUAAAAGAUCAAGAUACUUUGAGUCAGCAUGGAAUUCAAGAUGGACUUACUGUUCACCUUGUCAUCAAAACACAGAACAGGCCACAGGAUCAUUCAACUCAGCAAACAAAUACCACUGGAAACAAUGUGACCAGUGCACCAGCUCCUAAUAGUGACUCCACAUCUGGCUCUGCUGCUAACAGCCCUUUUGGCUUAGGUGGACUUGGAGGACUUGCAGGUCUGAGUAGCUUGGGUUUAAAUACCACCAACUUCUCUGAACUGCAGAGCCAAAUGCAACGGCAGCUUUUGUCUAACCCUGAAAUGAUGGUCCAGAUCAUGGAAAAUCCCUUCGUCCAGAGCAUGCUCUCAAACCCUGACCUGAUGCGGCAGUUGAUUAUGGCCAAUCCACAGAUGCAGCAGUUGAUACAGAGAAAUCCAGAGAUUAGUCAUAUGCUUAAUAACCCAGAUAUAAUGAGACAAACAUUGGAACUUGCCAGAAAUCCAGCGAUGAUGCAGGAAAUGAUGAGAAACCAGGACCGAGCCUUGAGCAACCUAGAAAGUAUUCCUGGGGGCUACAAUGCUUUACGGCGCAUGUACACAGAUAUCCAGGAGCCUAUGCUGAAUGCAGCGCAAGAGCAGUUUGGUGGCAAUCCAUUUGCUUCCUUAGUGAGCAGUACCUCUUCAACAGAAGGGAACCAGCCUUCUCGUACAGAAAAUAGGGAUCCACUACCCAACCCGUGGGCUCCACAGACGUCCCAGAGCUCACCAGCUACUGGGAGCACCACUGGCACCAUGAGUGGCUCUGCUGGUAGUGCCACCAGUACCCCAGCUGGGCAGAGUGCCUCAGGGCCAGGUUUGGUGCCUGGAGCCGGAGCGAGUAUGUUCAACACACCAGGAAUGCAAAGCUUGUUGCAACAAAUAACUGAAAACCCACAGCUCAUGCAGAACAUGCUGUCUGCUCCAUACAUGAGAAGCAUGAUGCAGUCACUGAGCCAGAACCCCGACCUUGCUGCACAGAUGAUGCUGAAUAAUCCCCUAUUUGCUGGAAAUCCUCAGCUUCAAGAACAAAUGAGACAACAGCUCCCAACUUUCCUCCAACAAAUGCAGAAUCCUGACACACUGUCAGCAAUGUCGAACCCUCGAGCCAUGCAGGCAUUGCUGCAGAUUCAGCAGGGCUUGCAGACGCUGGCAGCAGAAGCCCCCGGCCUCAUCCCAGGGUUUACUCCUGGCUUGGGGGCAGCAGGCAAUUCUGGAGGCACUUCAGGAACCAAUGCACCUAACACUGCGCCUAGUGAAAACACAAGCCCCACAGGGGGCACUGCUGAGCCGGGCCACCAGCAGUUUAUCCAGCAAAUGCUGCAGGCUCUUGCUGGGGUGAAUCCUCAGCUACAGAGUCCAGAAGUCAGAUUUCAGCAACAACUGGAACAGCUCAGUGCGAUGGGAUUUUUGAACCGUGAAGCAAACUUGCAAGCACUGAUAGCAACAGGGGGCGACAUCAACGCAGCAAUCGAAAGGUUACUGGGCUCCCAGCCCUCAUAGCAGCAUUUCUGUAUCCUGAGAAAAUGUAAUUUAUUUUUGAUAACGGCUCUUAAAUCUUUAAAAUAACCUGCUUUAUUUCAUUGGAAUUCUGUGCUGUUAUAAACAAAACCAGUAGGAAAUGUCCGGAGGUGGAGUGCAGUAAGAUGUGCAGGUUUUCUGUAUCUUUGGAACAGUGGGAAUCAAUGUUUCCGGUUAAGGCUGCUGCAUGCAUCAAACACUUGGCAUUUAUUGUAAUUUUUUUUUAAAUAUCACCUUUUCUAAUUGGGUGAACAAAUUUUUGUCCUGCAUCUGUCCAACUAACUUGCUUUUUAAACAUAACCCUGUGGUAGUAAUUUAUGUAGAAUAAAGGCAUUAAAAAGCAAAUCA